AUGUCAGCUGCUCAGCCUGCUUCUCUAAACCUGUCUUCAGUCUCAGAGCUGGCUUCAAACUUCUGGUCAGAGGACAAGUUUAGCUGUCUGGUGUGUUUGGAUCUAUUGAAGGACCCAGUGGCUAUUCCAUGUGGACACAGUUACUGUAUGGGGUGCAUUAAGAACUGCUGGGAUCAGACUGAUCACACAGCAGUCUACAGCUGCCCCCGGUGCAGAGAGACCUUUACCUCAAGGCCUGUUCUGGGCAGGAACACCAUGCUGGUUGAAGUUGUUGGAGAAUUCAAAAGGAGAAGACUCAAUCCUCCUCCUGCUCAAGGCUAUGCUGGACCUGGAGAUGUGCCAUGUGAUUUCUGCACUGGGAGAAAGUUCAAAGCUGUAAACUCAUGUUUGACAUGCCUGUCCUCUCACUGCCAAACUCAUGUCAAGCCACACCUUGAAGCUGCUGCAUUGACAAGGCACAAACUGAUCGACGCAACUGGAAAUCUGGAGCAGAAGAUUUGUGCAGAAUACCAGAAGGUUUUGGAGGUCUUCUGCAGAACUGAUCAGUCGUGUAUUUGUGUGCUGUGUAUAGACAAGGAACACAAGAGCCAUGAUAUAGUCUCAGCUGUAGCUGGGAGACAGGAGAAGCUGGGAGAGACACAGACAGAACUAGAACUGAGAAUCCAGGAGGGACUGAAAGAAUUGGAGGAGCUGAAACAGGCUGUGGAGUCAUUGAAAAGAUCUUCACAGAGAGAAAUACAUGAAACUGAGAAGAUCUUUACUCAGCUGAUCCGAUCUAUUGAGAAGAUCCGCUCUGAGGUCACUGAGCUGAUUGGAGCGAAGGAGAAGGCUGCAGUGAAUCAGGCUGAAGGACUCAUGAAGAAACUAGAGCAGGAGAUUGCUGAGCUGAAACAGCUUUCAGAGACAGAGGAUCACAUUUAUUUUCUACAGAAUUUCCAGUCUCUCUCUGCCCCUCCUGUAACUGGAAUCUUACCUAGUGCUACUGUCAAUCCAGAUGUCUCUUUUGAGUCUGUGAGGAAAGCUGUGUCUCAACUUAAAGAGCAUAUUGAGGACUUCUGCAAGGGGGAGUUAGUCAAAAUCACCAAAACAGUGAAUGAAGUUGAAGUUUACAGCCUGCAGGAACCAAGGACCAGAACUGAGUUUUUAAAAUAUUCCAGAUGGCUCACUCUGGACCCCAACACAAUGCAUAGAUACCUCCAUCUGUAUGAAGGUAACAGAAAAGUGAUAUGCAGGAAGGGACAUAAUCACCCAUAUCCUGAUCACCCAGAGAGAUUUGACUACAUGGAACAAGUGCUUUGCAGAGAGGGUUUGUCUGGGACUCGCUGCUACUGGGAGAUUGAGUGGAGUGGGGGAGGGGCUGCUAUAGGAGUCACAUAUAAAGGAAUCAGCAGGAAAGGAGCAGAUCGUUCCUGUAGCCUUGGAUACAAUGACAAGUCCUGGAGUUUGUUGUGCUCUGGUUCCAGUUACUUAGCCCAGCACAAUAACAAAUACACUGCAAUAACUGCCCCCCGCUCCCCCAGAAUAGGAGUGUAUCUGGACUUUAUUGCCGGCACUCUGUCAUUUUAUGGAGUCUCUGGAGACACAAUGACCCUCCUUCACAGAUUCCAAACCACAUUCACUGAGGAGACACUCUAUCCUGCAUUUGGGCCUAUGUCUGGGUCUGGGUGUAUGACUUAUUGUUCUGGUUCCAGUGUAACAAUCUGCAAUCAGCUGGAGUAG